CAGUGGAACGCGAAGGAUCCGUGUCGUUCCAUCGCAGCUGCGCCUGAAGUUAGACACGUUAACCGACGGGAAAAAAAGGGACUAUUCUCUCCGCGGGAGUGUUCCAUGGACACCGGCUGUUUCACCGCCACGCAGCGUCACUCGUGCCACACCAUGAAUGCGGAUCUACACAAACCCAGCGCGGAGCGUUCUGCGCCGGUGAAGACGAGUCGGAAUAAAGCCGAGCAGACCAAGCCCGAGCUCGCCCAGGUGGUCACCGACGCCAAGACGGGGAGGUCGUACAGCAAAGGAAAGCUCCUGGGGAAGGGCGGCUUUGCGCGAUGCUACGAGAUGACAGACCUGUCCAACAACAAAAUGUACGCUGUGAAGGUGAUCCCACAGAGCAGAGUGUCCAAACCGCACCAAAGGGACAAGAUCACCAACGAGAUCGAGCUCCACAAAACCCUGUCGCAUAAACACGUGGUGAAAUUUUCCCACCAUUUCGAAGACAAGGACAACAUUUACAUCUUUCUGGAACUCUGCAGUCGCAAGUCCCUGGCACAUAUUUGGAAGGCGAGACACACUCUGACGGAGCCUGAAGUGCGGUAUUACCUCAAGCAAAUCAUCGCCGGACUGAAGUACCUCCACAGCAGAGGGAUCCUGCACCGAGAUCUCAAACUGGGCAACUUCUUUGUGAAUGAAAACAUGGAGUUGCGGUUGGGAGACUUUGGCCUGGCUGCUAAACUGGAGACCGUGGAACAAAGGAAGAAGACUAUCUGUGGGACCCCCAACUAUUUGGCUCCUGAGGUGCUGAACAGACAAGGACACGGGACAGAGUCGGACGUCUGGUCGCUCGGAUGUGUCAUGUACACGCUGAUGUGCGGCAACCCUCCGUUCGAGACCCUGGAUUUAAAGGAGACGUACAAGUGUAUCAAGGAGGUUCGCUACAACAUCCCCUCCUCGCUUUCGUCCCACGCACAGAAACUGAUCUCGGGCAUCCUGCAGAAAAACCCCGGCGACAGACUAACCCUGGAUCAGAUCCUAAACCACGACUUCUUUACCAAAGGUUUCACUCCUGACAAACUUCCCCCCAGCAGCUGUGUGAUGGUGCCAGAGCUUCAUCCGCCCAGUCCUGCCAAGAAAUUCUUUACUAAAAUGGCAAAGAGCCUGUUUAGCAAGAAGAAAGCGAAGGAGAAGAGCCCAUGUGACGACAAGGAAGACCAUGAUAUUUCCAAGCUGGUCUCCGGCAUUGUUAAAUGUUCCAUCAACCGGCAGAUCAGCUAUAAAACAGUGGGACCCAAUGAGGUGCCGUAUCUGACCAGCCCACCUGUCAGCUCAGUGCCUCUGGAACAGACUCCUGCUGAGGAAGAGUCCAGAAAGUCCCUGUCCCGCUCCUUCAAGGGCACAGUAGCAAGCAGCUCAGAACCGUGUGAAGAUGUGCUCACGCCGGCAUCUGUGGCGGAAUCUGCUCUGAAGGUCCUCAAAGGCUGCUUGGCUUCCAUGCCUUCAGCCACAAGAAACCCCCCGUGCUUAUCUCGGCCACAAUCCUUCCUGUGGGUGACCAAGUGGGUCGACUACUCAAACAAGUACGGUUUCGGCUACCAGCUCUCCAACCAAAGCAUCGGCGUGCUCUUCAAUGAAGGAACGCACCUCAGUCUCUGUGACCAACGCAGGACCGUCCACUAUUGCCUGAUCAACAACAAACACUUCACCUUCCCUGCAAACGCUCUACCUGAACAGCUCCGCAGCCAGAAACAGAUUGUGGAGCUUAUGGCCAACUACAUGGAGCAGAACCUCAUGGAGGGUGGAGAUCUUCCCUGUGAGGAGCAAGCCUCUGCUCCCCCUCCUCUGCUCAUGCAGUGGGUGAAGACGGACCACGCGCUGGUGAUGCUCUUUAACAACGGCACCUUGCAGGUGAACUUCUACACCGACCACACGAAGGUCAUACUGUGCAAGUCUUCGGACGACUCCUACCUGCUCACCUACAUCAGCCGAGAGCGCAUCUCCGCCACGUACCUUCUCAGCAUGCUGAGCGAGAUGGGCUGCACGUCCGAGCUGCGAGACCGACUCCAGUACGUGGUCCAGUUGCUUCAGCCCCACACCGACGCUUGAGCCCCCGGGACGACGCGGAGAAGGGAGAAGGAUCUGCUCAAUGGAGCGACGUUUUCUUUUGUCUCGACUGGUACUUCAUCUGCUUACUUCAAACACCAGGCAGGGAGGAAGUCUCCAGCUGCGACUUGUGCCUCGAGGGUUCGUGCCUGUCCAGCUGAUGCCUCAAACGGAUCCACCAGUGGAUACCUGAAUGAACCUGGCCUCAUCGAACACCCAAACUCUUAUUCACAAACCCUCUUGCCUCCAAACCACCGCUUUGUAAAACAGCCUCCGACUCUUCCUGCUUCUUCAGAUGGUCGUCGUUCCUCCAAACUCUGCCGUGCCAUCUGCUUGUAAAUGAACGAGGAUCUUCUUGCAGCUGAGAGGUCAUUUGCUGUCGACUGGCACUGGAGUGGUGGGUCUUGCCUUCAGGAUGCUGUGAGAGACCUGCCCACACUAUCCCUUGGUGCACACACUGACCUUUGUUUUUAAAACCGCCGAGCCAGUUAUAGGAUCACACUACGAUCUGUCCUCCACACGCACAAAAAAAAAAACAUUCCUGGCCUUACUCGAUGCUGUUUCAGUUUGGAGAGAGCUGCCGCUUCCUCCGCUCAGACAUCACUCUUCUGUUCAUUUCACUCGUCAUGGUGCAUGGGAGCAACACAAUUUUGCACUCUUCAUUUUAAUUUCUUCAUGAAAGUGUUUUACUGCCACUGUUUUUUUGUUUUUUUUUUAGUCGUUUUUAACUUGAAACCAAAAGACAUUCUUUUGUUUUGUUUUUUUUUUAAGUCAUUUUAUAUUCACACUAUCUUUGCAACCGUGUGUGCCGCACAAGUGCUGGUGAACAAAACUGCUGGCUGGAGCUGAGUGGAGGGGCGGGGUGGUAAAAGUGCCUUUCUGGGAGGACGUCUGUUCAGUGCAAUAACAACCCUGUGAAUGUCGAGCUGGAUACGGACAAGAUGGCUUUGACUUUGAUGGAUUUACUUUGUCACUUUGCUUGAAGUUAGAAAGUGAGUCGAUAGCACUACACACACUACCUGGUAUAAGCUUUUAAAAUGUCUAUCAUAAAUGUAUACGGUAACGGUAAUAUUUGCAACAGAAAAGGAAAACCUUGUUCUCUGUAAUACUGUGUCGUUUCCAUGGCUUUCUUUCGAUCCAAAAACUGUGACCUGGAAUGCAAGUAUUAUGUCAAAGUAUUGUCCUGAUUGCAGAAACCCCCAACAUUGUGAAAGCCAUCUGCCAAUUCUGGAAAGUCUUAUUUUUGUCUUUUUUUUUUUUUCUUUUGGCACAUAAUGUCCUAAUAAUUUAUUUUUAUUUAUACGUGUUUUUUUUUUUAUUUAUUGUCGUGUUCCGGUCUUGACACAAGGAAGGGUUAAAUUCCGACCACAUUUGUAUGUAAUGUAUUUGGGGGUAAAAUGGGGACAAAAUAAAGUUUAUUGAAAAUGAAAGAUGGUGGUUUUGUGUUCUGAUGUGUGAUGCAGCGGGAAAGGUCUCUACAGCCGUCAAUGUCUAGUACAGUUUUAUUGCAGAAUGGGAACUGUAAAAGGUCUUCUAAAGCUCAACUUUUUAUUGGGUUUAUAUCUUGGUUGGGAUCAUAUAAACCGAUUUUUAAGUGGAAAUGUGUAA